UUGGAAUUCAGAACGACAACACGCUUCUGAGCGACUAAAACAUGCUAUGGUUAAUUCCCCUGUCCUGACCCUGCCUGAUUUCCCUAGGGACCAUGGACUCGAGUAGCCUAGCGCGAAAGCUGAGGUCGCUGUGCAUCGCGGGGGAGCUCUCUCGGGCCGUGAGCCUCCUCCACCGGAGCGCCGUGUGCGCCGUCUCGAGCGCCUACGCUCUUCUGCUGCAAGAGUGCGUGAACCGGAGGGACGCGAGGCUCGGCAAGAGGAUCCACGCGCGCAUGGUCUCCACCGGCUUCAGAUGCAGCGACUACAUGGCCACCAAGCUGCUGAUCUUCUACGCGAAGAUCGGGGAGCUCGGCGUCGCCCGGGACCUGUUCGACGGAAUGCCGCGGAGGGACGUCGUGGCGUGGAACGCGAUGGUAUCCGGGUGCACGCGCGGGCGCGAGGAGGCGCAGGCGGUGGAGAUGUUUGGUCUGAUGCGGGCGGAGGGGCUGAGGCCUGACCAGUUCACGUUCGCGUCGGUGCUCUGCGCGUGCGCCAGGAUGGCCGCGCUGGACCACGGCCGGCGCGUGCACGGCGUCAUGGUCAAGUCCGCCGUCGCCGACGUCAACGUGUUCGCCAACAGCGCGCUCGCCGACAUGUACCUCAAGUGCAGCAGCGCCGAGGACGCGCGCCGGGCGUUCGCGGCCGCGCCGGAGCGGAACGUCACCAUGUGGACCGCGCUCAUCUCCGGGCACGGCCAGCACGGCCACGUGCGCGAGGCGCUGGCGCUCUUUGACGAGAUGACGCGCGACGGGUUCCGGCCGAACGACGUGACGUUCCUCGCCGUGCUCUCGGCCUGUGCGCAUGGUGGGCUCGUCGACGAGGGGCUGAGGCACUUCUCGUCCAUGCCGUCGGACUACGGGCUCACCCCGAAGGGCGCGCACUACGCGGCGGUGGUCGACAUGCUCGCCAGGGUCGGCAGGCUCUGCGACGCCUACGAGCUUGUCAAGAACCUGCCGGACUGCCAGGAGCACUCGGUGGUCUGGGGCGCGCUGCUGGGCGCCUGCAGGAAGCACGGCGACGUGGGGCUGGUCGAGCUUGCCGCGCCGCACUUCUUUCGGCUGCAACCGGGGAACGCAGGCAAGUAUGUCGUCCUCGCGAACACGUACGCUGCCUGCGACAUGUGGGACAGCAUGGCUGGUAUGCAUGAGGCCAUGAAGUCGCUCGGCAUUCGGAAGGACCCUGCUUGGAGCGCCGUCGAAGUCCAGGGGAAGAAGCACAUCUUCCUCGCCAGAGACACAUACCACGACGAGCGUUGGGAGAUAUACGAGGCCUGCAAUGCCUUGGCCCGUGCGAUCACUGAUCAACCCUUGCGAGUUUCAGCUGUAUCCAUGGACUGACAGGCAGUACUGGCAGCACCAUCUGAAGGGGAUGUUUCUGAAUGACACAGCACAGUCGGUCGUUCGGACAAGAGAUAGAACAGCUGAUUUCUCUGGAAGCAACAAUCUCAGAUUUGCGGGCCCACACGACCAUCUAUGUUGCUGGUACCGAAAUGCCUUGAACGUACUUGGGAGCUCACUUUUAACCUGAAACAACAUUUACAAGUUCAGCACAUGGUUCAUACAAGGAGUGCAAAGUGAUGCAGUGGUUUUCUUGCAUGAACUGAUAGGUUACUGGUGCAUAUUUACCCUGAGAUCACCAAGGUACACAAACUUCCAUCCCUUGAGGCUUGCUCUGACUGCCAGGUCCAUGUCUUCGACCGUGGUUCGGUCCUUCCAGCCACCUGCCUCAUUCAGAGCAGAUAUGCGCCACACACCAGCGGUUCCUGUUCAAGAAGUAUUUUGCAUGUUAAGAAGGAUCAGGUGAUGCAAAGUGUGACUGCUGGCUGCUGCUAAAAUCAAUGGUCAAGCAUGUACUACUAUCUGUCAGUGACUCCAGGAAAAUAUAUAUUGGGAAUUUUAUCCUUCAAUUGUGUUAUCUCGAUCAACCUUCGUGUUUUUUCUGGAUCUUUUUCCUCGGUUGGACCUAGAGCUGCCUAACAUCAAACUCGUUGGCGCAAUUGGUUAUCUGCAUAAUGGUAACUCUGAUCAUGUUGCAACCUAUGCUUGUUCUAGUAAUAAUACUAUUGUGUCCCUUGGUUUCCUAGUAUUGUCUUCUGGAAGAGCUGAAACGGAAGGCAAAUGGUACACUGAUGCAAUUGCAUACGAUUUUCUGACAGUUUGAUUUGAUGCCAUGUUUCCUUUUUCCUAUCUAUGUACAUAGGAAAAAGAGACAUACGCAUACAAUUGGUAAAAAGGAAACACGGAGGCCUCACAAAUGAAAAUGGUGACCGUUCAUAUAUUGCGAGAUCAAAUGUUUAUUACCAUUGAAGCCAAAGAAGGCAUAAGCUGAGGAACCCACUUCUUGCUCCACCUUGAAGUGAUAGUCCAAGGACAUCUCCUGCAUCCUUGUCAUCAAGCACUCAUUUGCAUUCACUGCUCACCAUCACAGAAGCAGCAGCAAGGGAAAUGUCAUCACCAUGCAGUACAGAAUUUCGGCCAAAACAAGAAGGGAUGCCAGUGGCAACGUACCGAAUAC